AUAUUGUACAUUGUAUAAGAAUACACAUGUUAAGACAAUAGGUGAAUUGCAAGCAAGUGGUACACUAGUGCUGAGAAAGAAAGCAGAUUUACCAAAUUGACGUUUACGUUAGAACCUCUGCACAAUACGUCAAACGCAUUCUGAGCGUUCAAUAACAAAACUAUCGUGACGUCGCCAGGACGUCAAACGAUCAUGCGCGCGUUCAGUUUCAAUUAUGGGGAGCGGAAGUCGGUCAAACAGAUGCCUCCUCUUCUCCACGGUGAUACUGUCGGUUGUCUGCAUAGGCCUCGUCGUCGCUUUAAUCGUUAUAAUCUUUAAAGACGAUGACCGCGACCGUAAUGCGCAUCCGAAAGUAGAUGACUGUGACGUCAUACAGCAGGACGUCUCUGAGCAGGAAUCUCAAAACCCGACGGUAUUCCAGGACCUUACGGAAAAGGAGAUUGAAGCGUUGACUAAUUACCUUUACUCUAGACCGGAGUUUGAUUUGGUAAGACCGUCCGCCAAUAAGACCAAUGCAAAUUUCGUGUUCAUGGCUGAGCUGCAUCUUCCCAAUAAGUCGGAGGUGAUCGCGCAUUUAGACCAAAGGGGCAGACAGCCGGCGAGGGAAGCCAAGGUUAUCAUAAUACGCGGGAAAUCAUCCGACCAACAGAUAAACGAAAUCGUCGUGGGGCCUCUUCCGAAUCCGAGCUACCAUCAUCCGGUUCCGGGAAUCAACGCAUCGUUACCGUACUUUUAUCGACCUAUGACUGACGAUGAUUACGGUUCAGUGAUAGCAAACCUUACCAAUACUGUGCACAGCGAGUUUGGAGAUAUAUUUAGAAGCUGCUACGGGUCUAGUGUAAAGGACUGCGGCGACAAGUGUCUGACCUUCGUGUACGCAUCCACAUUCUCCCCGGCAUCCAGCGGAACGAACAUGCGCAAGACAUGGUACUGGCUAAACUACGACGUGGAAUAUUACGUUCUGCACCCUGUGGACUUUUCUGUACUUGUAGGAUUCUAUCACGGGCAGACAAAUAUCGAAAUCGUGUGGUUUCAAGGAAAACAGUUCAAGACAUUGCAGGAAGCUAAAACCAUAGCACCCAAAUGCACCACGCGAUCUUUUCCAGUGGUAGACCGGAACUUGUUCUCUACGAUGAAUCAGCGAGGUGCAGUACCGGAAGCAGCCAAGAAGCGCGCGCCAAUACAUGUUGAGCCGGACGGUAAACGGUACACAGUGAAAGGGCGACAUGUGCAUUACAUGAAAUGGUCGUUCGAUUUUCGAAUGUCGACCGCGUACGGACCGCAAGUUUAUGACAUCAAAUUCGACGGCGAACGAAUCGUAUAUGAGCUCGGUCUGCAGGAAAUAUCAGUAUUCUACACCGGGCACAGCCCCCAACAGAGGUUUUCCGAUUACAUGGAUUCAGCCGAAUUGAUUGGUCCUUCUGGAACGGGUCUCGUUCCAGGCGCGGACUGUCCAGAUCACGCGAUGUUCUUUGAUACAAAACACGUGACCGAGACCUCCGAGAGACCGCUUGUCGUGAAAAAUGUCUUCUGCUUGUUUGAGCUGAACACCGGAGAGCCUAUCCGCCGUCACCAUUCGUACUCCAAAACAGAAGGCGCUUUUUACGAAGGGAUGGAGAAUUCCAUUCUUGUUCUGAGAACUAUUGUAACAAUUGAAAAUUACGAUUACAUCUUUGACUUCAAAUUUUUUCAAAACGGCGUCCUAGAAACUAAAGGAAUGUCUACAGGGUACGUUUUGGGUAAUGCGUUCUCAGAAAUGGAGAGAAAGUACGGAUUCCAAAUCCAAGAUUUUAUUUCAGCCAACUACCACUCCCACAUGUUCAACUUCAAAGUUGACCUUGACAUAAACGGGACGUCCAAUCGUUACGAGAUGAUCCACGUCAAAGUGGAAACGGCCACAAAUGAGUUCUCGGCCAACAACGACAACUUUAGUCAGGGAAUGAUUGAACGAGAAAUCAUAGACACUGAAAAGAAGGCCGCUUACAAGUUUAAUUUUGAAAACCCAAGUUACCACGUGUUUUAUAACAAUGCAACCACUGACAAAUACGGGAACCACAGAGCAUACAGACUGAUCAACCAGGGCAUGAUGAAGCAGAUACUUCCAGAGGGCCGGAACAAGGAGCCGGCGAUCAACUGGGCGCGGUACCAGACGGCCGUGACCCGCCACAAGCCGGAAGAGGCCCACAGCAGCUCCAUGUACACCGAAUUCGACGUGUACGAUCCGGUCGUGAACUUCCAGCGCUUCAUAGAUGACGAUGAAAGUAUUGUUGACCAGGACCUGGUCGUCUGGGUCACCAUGGGCGUGCACCACAUCCCCCACAAGGAGGACCUUCCAGUGACUACAACCCCCGGGAUGGGGCUCUCCUUCGUCCUACAGCCCUUCAACUACUUCGACGAGGAUCCCUCCAUGUAUUCCCUUGACGCCAUCCGGAUCGAGCCCAACCACGGCACUGUAAACGUCUUAAAGUAUGCACAGACGUCUGGCUCCAAGAUGACGUGCGUACCGAGGAAGACUGGCUUUUAUGACGCCAUUAAAGUCGAUCCGUCGAUUAUUCUAGAGACUACGAACGGUUAAUCACCUUACGAGCUGCCUGCCAUUGACAAUGACUGAUAAUUUAUGCAAUUUUCUUUUCGGUAUCAAAAACUUGUACAAUUUCUUAGCAUAUAAACUUACUUUCAGUACGAUGUGGAUAAAACAUCGAAAAUAAGACACUAUGGAGGUUAAAGACAUUUGUUAAAAUAGUUGCAGACGAUUGAUAUUUGUUGAGAUUAUGGUAAAUAUACGCAAUCGAUCAAAAUUCAGAAAACAACGAAUAUUUAAAUUAAAGAAAAAAAUUAACCAGUUCAUUUACUCUUAUUCAAACCGAAUUACGUAAGAAUUAAUAAAAAAGUGCACUACAAAUCAACAGAUGUGAUGUAUAUUAAGUUUUGCGAUUAAACAUACAUGCAUUUAUUAAAA